UCGUCAGUUCCAGUGCGGUGUUUUCACUUUCAACAAAUAAUUCACGCGGAUAUUUUAUUGGCGAAUUAAGUACACUAUCAAGAAAUUCUCUUAUAAAUUUUCAGCGAUGGAGCUUCACACAUUUCUGACGAUAUCGUCUCUCUGCAUUGCCACAUCUUCAUCCUUACCCCAAAAUCUUCCAGGCUAUACCCAACUAGCGUCAGAACAAAUUCAAUAUCUACAAAAAAAUGGAUUUGGCUCCACGCACAAAACCUUCAGGCCCACAACAGUAGCUUACGAAGAAGAGGAAUACGAAGACGAAUUGGAUAAUUCUCCAGAACCUACUCAGGACAGGCAACCUACUUAUGCUACGCCUAAAACUACGUACUAUGCUAGUGUUACUCCGGCCGGAUAUAAACAGGCGCAGUAUAAACCACAACAACAACAACAGCAACAAUAUAGGAGAGCUGGUGAAAAAAUUGCUCAACCAAACAAUAAACUGGAAGAGGAAGAGGAAGAAGAGAAAGAAGAAGAACCCGAUAGAUUAACUUUAUUACUGCCACAAUCUAAGUUCCAAUGUAGCAACAGAAAAACAGGCUAUUACGCAGACGAGGACUUGGGAUGUGAAGUGUUCCAUUAUUGCCACGAUAACGCCAGACAUUCCUGGAUUUGUCCUGAAGGAUUUACUUUCCACCAAAUUCAACUGAUCUGUAUGCCACCUAGUGGCGAUAAUAUCUGCGAAAAAUCCUCGGAUUAUCAUUUUGUCAAUGACUAUCUCUACAAGCCGUUAAACCUUGAAGAGUACCAACAAAGGCCAAAUAUUAGUUUGAGAUACUCUGACAGAUAUUUUCCUGACUCUUACAGGCCUCGAUAUGAUGACGAAGAAGAGGACUUAAGGCCUGUACAUCAUCAACAUUCAGUUCGUGUAACGAAUGCUCCGCGUUACCAGCAAGUGCAGUCGACAACGUUUCGGCCUCAAUCUCAAUUGAGUCAAGUUUUCAGAUCGCCCGAAGAAAUCAAUAUAAGUUUGCAACAAAGGAGGCCUCAGUACACCACGGCUAAGUACAUUGAUGUCUAUGACAAAAAAUAAUUUCGCAUUUUAUUUAUCUUAAAUUGUAGUUAUUUGCUUAAUUUUUUUCUUAGUGUUUGUUUUUGAAUAAAUAUUUUUUAAUAAAAGUCUAA